GCAGCACCGCACUCCCCAAUCUCCCCUCCCUCCAAUUGCACCUGGCUGCAAUUGCUCUCCUUUCAUCUCCAAACCUCCCGUACCUCUCUUAAUAUGUUCCGGAACGCCCUCCGACAGUCGACGCGCGCCGUCGGCGCUGUCUCUGCUGCUGGCAGGGUCGCCGCGGUCCGAAAUGCCGCACCCGCCUCCAUCAACGCUGCCCGAUACUACGCCUCCGACGCCAAGGCUACUCCCACUGAGGUCUCUUCCAUCCUCGAGCAGCGAAUCCGUGGUGUCCAGGAGGAGUCCGGUCUCGCUGAGACUGGCCGUGUCCUUUCCGUCGGUGAUGGUAUCGCCCGUGUGCACGGCAUGGCCAACGUCCAGGCUGAGGAGCUUGUCGAGUUCGCCUCUGGCGUCAAGGGCAUGUGCAUGAACCUCGAGGCCGGCCAGGUCGGUGUUGUGCUUUUCGGUUCCGAUCGUCUCGUCAAGGAGGGUGAGACUGUCAAGCGUACCGGCGAGAUUGUGGAUAUCCCCGUCGGCCCUGAGAUGCUCGGCCGUGUCGUCGACGCUCUCGGCAACCCCAUUGACGGCAAGGGUCCCAUCCCCACCAAGGAGCGACGCCGUGCUCAGCUCAAGGCUCCCGGCAUUCUGCCCCGAAAGUCUGUCAACGAGCCCGUCCAGACUGGUCUCAAGUCCAUCGACGCCAUGGUUCCCAUCGGCCGUGGCCAGCGUGAGCUGAUCAUUGGUGACCGUCAGACCGGCAAGACUGCCGUUGGUCUCGACACCAUCCUCAACCAGAAGCGCUGGAACAACAGCAGCGACGAGAAGAAGAAGCUCUACUGCGUCUACGUUGCCGUCGGCCAGAAGCGAUCCACCGUCGCCCAGCUCGUCAAGACUCUUGAGGAGAACGACGCCAUGAAGUACUCCAUCGUCGUUGCUGCCACCGCCUCCGAGGCCGCUCCUCUUCAGUACCUCGCUCCCUUCACCGGUGCCUCCAUUGGUGAGUGGUUCCGUGACAAUGGCCGACACUCUCUUGUCAUCUACGAUGAUCUUUCCAAGCAGGCCGUCGCCUACCGACAGAUGUCUCUGCUUCUCCGACGUCCCCCUGGACGUGAGGCUUACCCCGGUGACGUUUUCUACCUCCACUCUCGUCUCCUCGAGCGUGCUGCCAAGAUGAACGACAAGCUCGGUGGUGGUUCCAUGACUGCCCUUCCCGUCAUUGAGACCCAGGGUGGUGAUGUGUCUGCCUACAUUCCCACCAACGUCAUUUCCAUCACCGACGGUCAGAUCUUCCUGGAGUCUGAGCUUUUCUACAAGGGUAUCCGACCUGCCAUCAACGUCGGUCUUUCCGUCUCGCGUGUCGGCUCCUCUGCCCAGCUCAAGGCCAUGAAGCAGGUUGCUGGUUCCCUGAAGCUUUUCUUGGCCCAGUACCGUGAGGUCGCUGCUUUCGCCCAGUUCGGUUCCGAUCUUGAUGCCGCCACCAAGCAGACUCUGAGCCGUGGUGAGCGUCUCACCGAGCUCCUCAAGCAGAAGCAGUACUCCCCCAUGGCCGUCAACGAGAUGGUUCCCCUCAUCUUCGCCGGUGUCAACGGUUACCUUGACAACGUUCCCGUCGGCAAGAUCCUCCAGUGGGAGUCUGACUUCCUUGCCCACCUCAAGACCAACGAGGCCGACCUCAUUGCCACCAUUGACAAGGAGGGUGCCCUGUCCAAGGAGACCGAGGCCAAGCUCCGUGACGUCGUCCAGACAUUCGUCAAGAGCUUCCUGGGUUAA